CCCCAACCAAUGGUUGUCGUAAACUAUCGCUAUCGAGCGAAAUUUUGUUACGAAAAUAGUAACAAAGUAUGUGAAUUCGAUUCGAAAUGAAGUAAAUUUAAACAUUUCAAAGAACUUUUAUACUAAAGUUAUACAAAAAAGUCUAUUAUUUUUAAUACACGCCCUUGAAGUAUAUCCAGAAAAUGACGGAUCGUUCUAUUGCGUCAAGGCCCAGUCUAGAGCAAGUAAUUGCAAUAGUGGACUUCAUGGAGAAACAUCCUGCUUUAGGGUUGGGCCAAAUGAGAGGUCUGGAGAAGAGGGAUGAAUGCAAAAAGCUUUGGUUCAAAUUAACAAAGAUUAUCAACAGUCUUGGUGGACCUAAUAGACCUAUGAAAUCUUGGGUUAAAUAUUGGGCAGAUAAAAAAUCAACAAUCCGGUCUAAAGUCCAAUCCAGUAAUGGUGAUCCUAACACUUUAAGUUCAAAUAUUGAAAAGAAAAUAUGGGACCUGUUCUUGGCUAAUGAUUCAUCAAAGGAUAGAAGUUCUGUUAAACAAGAGUCUCAUAACUCCACCCAUGUCAAAAUAAUGGGAGAUCAAGCGAACGCGUUGUCGCAGUUAGCACACGCAUCACAUGUUAAUUCACAAGCCAUGGAGAGGUUGGCGGAAGCCUCGCAGAUACAGGCUCGCGCAGUAGAGAGGUUAGCGACGUCGUUUGAAUCCAUCGGUGCGUCCACACACGACGUGCGUAACGCGAUGGUAGAUAUCGACUGUACUUUAAAGCGGCUGUAUGGCAGCGCGCCCGCUUAGUGCAUGUAGCCUGGCAACACUCGCCUCGGGGUUAUCAUCACAAAAAACUAAUUUUUAAAUAAAACUUCGUAUUAUUUAUCUCGAAUGUAUACAAGUAAUAAUUAAUGAUUAUGAAUCAAUUAAUUUAUUUAAAAAAAUAUUGAUAAUUAUUAAUAGGGAAAUUAGAUUUGUAAAUUAUUUUUAGCUCAUCUUGCCAUUUUAAUGGGUUCCUUUUUGGCGUAAAUUUAAGUAAUGAACGGUUCACACCUGGCUAGUACAGUUGGACAGUAGCGAGCUAAUACUGGACUGGCAAUUAACUGGCAUAGAACACUAACUUGUGCCAGUGAGUUCAAAAAAAUUUUCUCUGACCAGCGCUACUGUCCAACUAUACUAGUCAAGUAUGAACCAGACAUAAUGUUAUGUAUAAACAAUUGUGAUGUUAGUAUUAUUUAUUUUUAAGUUGUAAUGUAAAUAUUUGUACAUAAUCUGUGAAAGUA